ACGAGUGUUCAGAGCCGUCAAGGUCCGUGCGAGCACACUGCGCAUGACACUGUUAAUAAAAUCAUGAAGGAGGAAACUCCGCGCCAGCUUCAUUAUAUGCUAAAUGGGAACAUAAAGUUGAUUUAUUUAUUUUAAUAAAGAACUCUCUAGAAUGGCAUUCCCACAACCGAAGCCAGAAAAGGCGGAGAUGCCAAGCAAGUUGUUGCGAACUGUCGACUGCAAGCAGGGAGCUGUCCGAGCCGUCCGUUUCAACGUGGAUGGUAACUACUGUCUGACCUGUGGCAGCGACAAGUCCCUGAAGCUCUGGAACCCUUACCGGGGGAUUCUACUGAAGUCCUACACCGGCCAUGGGUAUGAAGUGCUGGAUGCGGAUGGGUCAUUUGACAACAGCCAGCUGUGUUCCUGUGGCUCUGACAAGACGGUCAUCCUGUGGGACGUGGCAAGCGGCCAGGUGAUCCGAAAGUUCAGGGGCCACGCAGGGAAGGUCAACUGUGUCCGCUUUAAUGAGGAGGCCUCCGUCAUCAUCUCAGGCUCCAUUGACUCUUCUGUUCGCUGCUGGGACACGCGGUCCCGUCGACCAGAGCCCAUACAGAUUAUGGACGAAGCGAAAGACGGCGUCUCCAGUCUGCAAGUGUCUGAGCAGGAGAUACUAACAGGAUCGGUGGAUGGCCGAGUGCGUCGAUACGACCUGCGCGUGGGGCAGCUGUUCUCCGACUUCAUUGACAGUCCAGUCACAAGUGUGAGCUUCAGUAAAGAUGGCCAGUGCAUGCUCUCCUCCAGUUUGGAUUCUACACUACGGCUAAUCGACAAAGACACAGGGGAGCUCCUUGGAGAAUACACCGGCCAUAAAAACAGCAAGUACAAGCUGGACUGCUGUUUCUCGGACAAAGACACUCACGUGGGAAGCUGCUCAGAAGAUGGGAAGGUGUACUUCUGGGACCUUGUGGAGGGUUCCCUAGCACUGGCCUUUUCCAUUGGAAGUGGCGUCGUUCAGUCGUUGUCCUUUCACCCCCGGGAGUCGAAACUUCUUACUGCAAUGGAGGGAAACGUACAGUUAUGGGGGAAACAGUCUGAUGAGGAAGAGACGGUGGACUAGAGUGCUUUUGGGUAUUUUUGAGAACUGUAAUCUUUUUUUUUUUUUUUUAUGUAUGAAAUUUGUUGUAAAAAUGAAAACAAUUUCUUUUAGUUAAUAAACCUGUGCGAUUGUCUUCAUUCAUGGAUAACUCCACCUAAAGUUGAGCCCUACUUUUUGCUGUGAUUUUCACUAUUAAAAAUGUUAAAAGCCAAUGUUA